CUGAGAUUCUCAGCCCUAAAAGAAUAUCUUACUGCAAUAUUUCCAGAGAGUAAAUCCUGUACAUACAUAAAUGCCCUCCAAACCAACUGCCCUGCUCAACUUAUUAUUAAAGAUAUUCUUCCUAAUUUUAUACGCUAAAUCCUCUCAAGAAUUUGCUCAUACGAGAAGUCCCAUCACUAUUUUUUUAUUCCAUCAUGUAAAAAUGCCAUCAUUUUUCUAAGAUAUCCCCCCUCCAGCUCUCAUAACCGAUUGGAACGACAAGUUAAAUCCUUGUGAAUUCAAUGAAUAACGAAGUUUGUUCAACAUUCCGGAUGUCAGUAUUGUCAAUUGGAGGAGUGAGUUUGAAGUGGCUGAAAGUGCUUACAUUCUGUCGAUAACUCCAGGAGUGGACCUCAUGAAAAUUCUGUCUCGACCGGACUUUUGGUGACCAUGAUUCUGUAUAAGUUCAAAUAAAUGAAAACUGACCAGGUGAAUACUGUCGAAUACUGUAAUCCAGCAUAAAUGUGGCGGUAAAUUUUGAAAUUACUGUCUAAAAAUAUAUGUAGUUAUCCUCCCGUUACUGUUAAUAACUUAAAUUCUAAAUUAAAGUGUCUUUUAACUAGGUAUUCAUCUUAUUGCUUUAUGAGAUUUAUAAGUGUCUCCAGCUCAAUACUUAAAAUAGAUGAAACAAACUUUCGCCAGUUUUACUUCACACACUGAACGUUACACAAGUAUAUUACAUUACACAAAAUUUUGAAUCAGAUUCUCAUAGGAACUUCUGAUGACAAUAAAUCAUAAAAUAAUCUAAUAACAUCCAUUUUUAUAAAUAAUUACAUAUUUAUACGAAGGUCAAUUCGUUAUUAAACGAUAAACAUUUUUUUUAAUUUUUACAGACGCAUCCCAACUCGGAAGGAACUGUUGGAAUAUCUACAUUAACCUCAUACACCCACGACACCAAUGCCCUCCAAACCAAAGGGCCUGCUCACCUUGUCGUUAGCGGUAUCCGUCUUAAUUUUAUACUUUAUAUCCACCCAGGAAUUUUCUCUUAUGCGAAAUCCCAUCGCCAUCUUCUUCACUUCAUCAUCUAACAAUACCGUCAUUUCCUUCCAAGACAUCACCCCUCCAGCUCUCAUAACCGAUUCGAACGGUGGGUUAGGAAACCAAUUGUUCAAAUAUGCCUGCGCUUACGCUCUCUCACAAAAAUGGGGUGUUCCCCUCUACGUAAAUAGUGUCAGGUCAGGGAGAAAAUUAUACCUGGCUCGGUUCUCCAUCGCUAAUUUGACGUUUGUGCAAAAUGUGAAUUCGCCCAGGAAUUUGCACAUCUUCACUGACGAGGACAUCGUGUUCAACACGAUCACUCCGGACUUACUACGCACCAAGAUUCUUCAACAUAGUGAUUACUGCCAGUCUGAAUUGUUCUGGCGAGAGAUUAAAGACGAUGUUAUCAAAAUGUUUGAAAUCAAAGGCGUCGACAAUUUUGGGCGGGAUUUUAAAUAUUGGCGAGAUUUCGUCCAUUCAAAAAAUUCUACUCCAGUAGCGGUGCACAUUAGAAGGGGAGAUUUUAUUAAGGAGAAUUCCAGAAAUGGUGGAUGGAUCACUCCGAUGAGGUUUUUCUAUCUUGCGAUGGAAAAAAUGGUGCAUGUUUUGCGUGAAAAAGGGAACAAUAGGACUAUUUCUUUUUUCAUAUUCUCCGAUAGUUUGAACUUGGUUAGGGAUGAAGUGCUAGCAACAUUGGGGAAGACUGAUACUCCUAAAAACGAAUUUGAGGCAUUGCGAGAAAAGCUAAUCUCGGGCGGGAUUUCGCUCCGCUUUGUGAAUUCGUCCAGUUCAGGGGAGGACUCAACUUUGCAAGAUCUCGCUCUUAUGACGGAGUGCAAACAUAUGAUCGUCUCCUUCAGCACGUUCAGCUGGUGGGGGGCAUAUCUUAUAAAAAAUCCAGAUAAGGUCAUUAUUCGACCGAAGACAAAUCCUCACUUUUUCGAUAAGUAUUCUCCUCCCGAGAAGAAAACGUUUAAGGCGAUUAUCAUCGGGAAAUAUUGGUAUCCUGAUGAUUGGAUUGAAAUUAAUCCAUUCUGUAAAUAAUUCUUGAAGGUAUUUACUUAUCAUUCAAUACAUUAUAAGUAGAUAAAUGUGGUGAAAGUAAAUGUUGAAGCACACAUACAUUGUACAGAUAUCAUACACCAAAUUUGUAAAUGGAUAUGCAUAAAAUAGUUAUAUGCAAAUAAUACUCACCAAAUUUGUAGAUGGAUACAUACAUAUAUUUGCAUAAAAUAAGCAUUCAAAUUAUACAAAUGACAAGUGUCCUAACCUGAAAAAUUAAUGCUGUUAAAGGCAGACAAGAUAAGUACUUUGGCAAAGGAUGGUUGUGAUGCAUAUCUGUAAUAACCAAACCGACAAAAAUGCAACUCCUAAAAAAUGUAUGUAUUGAUCCCCAGAUUAAUUCAAGUUAUACUUCAACUAUGGGAUGAUCCACUAUUAAUUUCCAUGGAUAUAUAACACACACAAUGUCUUUAUGUAAAUACACUGCAAAAAAUCUGGCGUAAAUCCAGUGUGGUUUAGUCGCAUAAUGUAUGUAAUUUAUUUGCAUUUUACUGUGCCGGACCAGAUUGUUUGCAGUUUAAAUGUUGAAUGUGUGUGACAUACGUGAGCAUGUAUCGCUCAUUGCAUAAGUCCGAGUCAAUUUAUCACUCAAGAACAAGCAACUUACUACCAAUCCGUGUACCCGAUAAGUGAACAAGAUCCCCCAAGUGGAUUGACGCCAUCACCACCAUUAAGCCUCCUCUAUACACCCACUCAAAGGGACGAAAAUUAAGAAAAUUAACGUCUUCAAGGCCCAAUCCGGACCCUGGAUUGACUGAUCCGACAGACAAUUAAUUAACACGUCCACAAAUUUCGCCAUGUCCCUCAAACCAAUUCGUCUACAAUUCAUCUUACCUGCAACAACACUCUUCACCUUGUUUUUCUACGUUAUUUUCACCCAAGAAUUUCCCCGUGUACGAAAUCCAACCAUAAAAUUUCCAUCACGUGACAAAAAUGUAAUUUCCUUCCAAGAAAUAACCCCUCCCGCCCUGAUAACCGGUUCGGACUCCGGGAUAGGAAACCAACUGUUUAAAUUCGCCUGUGCUUACGCCCUCUCGCAAAAAUGGGGUGUUCCCCUCUACGUGAAUGAGGCCCGGGAAGGGAGAAGCUUAUAUCUGGAUCGCUUAUCCAUCGAUAACCUUACCUUUGUGCAACAUGUGAAUAAAACCAAUGUGCACACUUUCUCCGACGAGGACAUCGUCUUCAACACGAUCACACCGGACCUACUACGGACCAAGAUUCUACAUCAUAACGACAUCUGUCAGUCCGAAUUGUUCUGGCGUGCAGUGAAAGACGACAUUGUCAAAAUGUAUCAAAUCCAAGGGGUAAACAAUUUUGGGCGGGACUUUGAAAAUUGGCGGGAUCUCAUCAAUUCAGAAAGCUCUACUCCAGUUGCAGUGCACAUUAGACGGGGAGAUUUCAUCGAUUUGAAUCAACAACAUGUCGGGUGGAUCACUCCGAUGAGAUACUUUUAUCUUGCGAUGGAAAAAAUGGCGCAAAUUUUGCGGGAAAAAGAGCAUAGUGCGAACAUCGCGUUUUUUAUAUUCUCCGAUAGUUUGGAUCUAGUCAGGGAUGGAAUAUUGGGGGAGCAGAAUGAAACACUUGAAAGGGAAAUCGGGACAUUAAGAGAAGGUGUGAAUUCUGGUUGGAUAUCGUUCCACUUUGUGAAUUCGUCUAGCUCCGGGGAGGACUCAACUUUGCAAGAUCUCGCUCUUAUGACGGAGUGCAAACAUAUGAUCGUCUCCUUCAGCACGUUCAGCUGGUGGGGGGCAUAUCUUAUAAAAAAUCCAGAUAAGGUCAUUAUUCGACCGAAGAUAAAUCCUGACUUUUUUGAAAUAUAUAAUCCUCCCGUGGAGAAAAUGUUUAAGACGAUUAUCAUGGGGGAAUAUUUGUACCCUACAGAUUGGAUUGCAAUUGAUCGAUUGAUUAAAUAACGCAUUCUUCUAAAGGGCCGUACAUAAAGCAUAUGACCGAUUUAUGGAGAAUUUUUGGCCCAAUCAGGGUAUGCUACCCCGGGUUUUUGGGAGUAUUAGGGUUUUAGUGGGUUUUAGUGGGUUUUGGGUUAGCAAAUUUGAGCAAUACCCACGGGUAGUCGGGGUAGUCCAGGUUUUCAAAUUUAGUAUUAUAAACGGCCAAUACUAACUAACAAUUCUAAAGUUAAUUAGUUGUGAGAAUUAAAUUAAUAAGCUGCUUUGUUGAGAAAUUACUGAAAAAGCAGAUUUUUUCAAAACCUAAUACAUGAGACACAGAUUCAGUUUUCCCCGAAAACCCCGACUACCCCCAAAACCCAGGUGAAACCCCUGGGUCCAUAGAUCGGAUAUUUUGCGUACUCCGGCCUCCGCGUACUCCGGCCUCCAGAAAAAGCUGCGUACUCCGGCCUCCGGAGGCCGGAGUACUCCGAUCUAUGCCUGGGUCUGGGUUUUCAAUAGCAAAACCACGAGGUUUUGCUUACCCUGGCCCCAGCCGCCCUGGCCCAUGUUAUAAUUAAUACAGAUGCGAAGCACAGUAUGCUUUGAUCCCUAACCUACCCCAAAUCGAUAACAUGCUUUCUGCACAGCCCAUAGAUAAAUAUUUUGAUAUAACACUCUGAGGAUUAGUGAAAUUUGCGAUUGCACAACUGGUUACUAAAAUUUAUCCGACGAAGGUAAAAUUUACUUAACGUUGAACAAAGAACUAUACAACAUUGGAUAAAUUUUAACUUUUGUAGUGAAAUUUAUACAACCAUAUUUGUUUCACCGCAAAUUUUUCCUCAACCUUGAGUAAAUAUUAAUCAAAUUUGUUUAUAUAGAUUGCAAUAAUGUUAAAAAACCUUUUAGAAGACAUCCAUCUAUAUUGUUGAUAAUGAUGAUUCAAUAUUUGUACAGAUGUACAUAUGUGCAUAUAAAUCUAUGUAAAUAUGUGCACUUAUGAUGUCCAGAUAUGCAUUUAUUUAUGCAUGAAGUAAUUGCAAAUUAUACAAAACAAGGGCACACGUACUUAUGUAACAGGCACCAUCGAAACGAAUCAAUAAGUUAAGUAGUAAAAUUAUGCUAAUAUUCAAAAAUUGAACUCGAAUUUUGUUUUAAGCCAAUUUUGAAAAGGUUAUUUCCGUUUUGACCACUUUAUUUUGCAAGCCACCCACCAGAACCUUUAAUAAAUUCAUUUUACUGUAACUACGAGUUACUUUCCAUUAACUGGACAUGUAGUACAUAUUUUAUUCCAAUAAGUAUUUAUUUAUGUAAUCCUUCCAAUGAUCUAUGUAUUAAUUUAGGAAAUAAAGGGUUGAGACACCUUAAUAUAUGCGAAUGCAGCAUGAAAAAAAACGUAUUCAUAUGUGACGUCCUAAUCCUAACCCUGCAUGACUUAUACGGAAUUUAGCUCUUCCCUUUAUUCCCUUUAUUCCAACGGAUUUCCAGAUUUCGCGUGUGCAUAUUUGACGAAAUUCGCAAAUACAUUUUGACUUCAUACUUACGUAUGUACAUAUAUACAGCGUAUCAAAUUUCGAAAAAAAAAAUUAAAACGUUGAAAAGCCAUGGAAUUACAUUUAUAA